AUGGCCGCAGAAGAGGUAUUGCAGACUGUGGACCAUUAUAAGGCUGAAAUAGAGAGGCUGACCAAAGAGCUCACAGAGACGACCCACGAGAAGAUCCAGGCUGCUGAGUACGGGCUGGUGGUCUUGGAAGAGAAGCUGACCCUCAAGCAGCAGUAUGAUGAGCUGGAGGCUGAGUAUGACAGCCUCAAACAGGAGCUGGAGCAGCUGAAAGAGGCUUUUGGCCAGUCCUUCUCCAUCCACCGGAAAGUUGCUGAGGAUGGAGAGACCCGGGAGGAGACGCUUCUGCAGGAGUCCGCCUCGAAGGAAGCUUACUAUCUGGGCAAGAUCUUGGAGAUGCAGAACGAACUGAAGCAGAGCCGGGCUGUGGUCACUAACGUGCAGGCAGAGAACGAGAGGCUCACCGCCGUCGUGCAGGACCUGAAGGAGAACAAUGAAAUGGUGGAGCUGCAGAGAAUACGGAUGAAGGAUGAGAUUCGAGAGUACAAAUUCCGAGAGGCCCGCCUCCUUCAGGACUAUACUGAGCUGGAAGAAGAAAACAUAACGCUGCAGAAACUUGUGUCCACGUUAAAGCAGAACCAGGUCGAAUACGAAGGCUUAAAGCACGAGAUUAAGCGAUUUGAGGAGGAGACGGUGCUGCUGAACAGCCAGCUGGAAGAUGCCAUCCGGCUGAAGGAGAUCGCUGAGCAUCAGCUGGAAGAAGCCCUGGAGACCUUGAAAAAUGAAAGGGAGCAGAAGAACAACCUGCGGAAGGAGCUCUCCCAGUACAUCAGCCUCAACGACAACCACAUCAGCAUCUCGGUGGAUGGACUCAAGUUUGCCGAGGACGGAAGUGAACCGAACAAUGACGACAAAAUGAAUGGGCACAUCCAUGCGCCACUUGUGAAACUGAACGGAGACUAUCGGACUCCCGCUUUAAGGAAAGGCGAGUCUCUGCACCCGGUUUCUGACUUAUUCAGUGAGCUGAACAUUUCAGAAAUACAGAAACUGAAGCAGCAGCUUAUGCAGGUAGAGCGAGAAAAGGCCAUUCUUUUGGCCAAUCUCCAGGAGUCACAGACACAGCUGGAGCACACCAAGGGGGCGCUGACAGAGCAGCACGAACGGGUGCACCGGCUCACAGAGCACGUGAAUGCCAUGAGGGGCCUACAGAGCAGCAAGGAGCUCAAGCCUGAGCAAGAUGGGGAGAAGGGCCGGGACUCAGGGGAGGAGGCGCAUGACUAUGAGGUGGACAUCAAUGGCUUAGAGAUCCUUGAGUGCAAAUACAGGGUGGCAGUAACUGAGGUGAUUGAUUUGAAAGCUGAAAUUAAAGCCUUAAAGGAGAAAUACAAUAAAUCUGUGGAAAACUAUACUGAAGAGAAGACCAAGUAUGAGAGUAAGAUCCAAAUGUACGAUGAGCAGGUGGCAAGCCUUGAGAAGUCCACCAAGGAGAGUGGAGAGAAGAUGGCCCAUAUGGAGAAGGAAUUGCAAAAGAUGACCAGCAUAGCCAACGAAAAUCACAAUACCCUUAAUACAGCCCAGGAUGAGUUGGUGACAUUCAGUGAGGAGCUAGCUCAGCUUUACCACCACGUGUGUCUGUGUAACAAUGAAACCCCCAACAGGGUCAUGCUGGACUACUAUAGGCAAAGCAGAGUUACCCGUAGUGGCAGCCUGAAAGGGCCCGAUGAUCCCAGGGGGCUUCUGUCUCCCCGGUUAGCCAGGCGGGGUGCGUCAUCCCCGGUAGAAACAAGGACCUCCUCUGAACCAGUUACAAAAGAAAACACAGAGGCCAGCAAAGAACCAAGUCCAACCAAGACCCCCACCAUCUCUCCUGUUAUUACUGCCCCACCAUCAUCGCCAGUAUUAGAUACCAGUGACAUCCGCAAAGAGCCAAUGAACAUCUACAACCUUAAUGCCAUUAUCCGGGACCAAAUCAAGCAUCUGCAGAAAGCUGUAGACCGGUCCCUGCAACUGUCUCGUCAAAGAGCAGCGGCACGGGAGCUGACCCCCAUGCUUGAUAAAGACAAGGAAGCCUUAAUGGAAGAGUUCCUCAAGCUCAAGUCCCUGCUGAGCACCAAACGGGAACAGAUCGCCACGCUGCGGGCAGUGCUGAAGGCCAACAAGCAGACAGCUGAGGUGGCCCUCGCUAAUCUCAAGAACAAAUACGAAAAUGAGAAAGCAAUGGUGACUGAAACGAUGACAAAACUUAGAAAUGAACUGAAGGCUUUGAAAGAAGACGCAGCAACUUUCUCAUCCCUGAGAGCCAUGUUUGCAACAAGAUGUGAUGAAUAUGUCACACAGUUGGAUGAGAUGCAGAGACAGUUAGCAGCCGCAGAGGACGAGAAGAAGACUCUAAAUACUUUGUUAAGAAUGGCUAUCCAGCAAAAACUCGCCCUGACCCAGCGGCUGGAGGACUUAGAGUUUGACCAUGAGCAGUCCCGUCGCAGCAAAGGCAAAUUUGGAAAGAGCAAGAUCGGCAGCCCUAAAGUAAGUGGGGAGGCCUCAGUCACCGUGCCCACCAUAGACACUUACCUCCUGCGUAGGCAGGGCCCACAGACACCCGACAUUCGGGUCAGCAGUGGCACUCAGAGGAAAAGACAAUUUUCACCUUCCCUUUGUGAUCAGAGCCGUCCCAGGACUUCAGGGGCCUCCUACCUACAGAGUUUAUUAAGAGUUCCCCCUGAUCCCACCUCCACAGAAUCAUUUCUUCUGAAGGGCCCCCCUUCCAUGAGUGAAUUCAUCCAAGGGCACCGGCUCAGCAAGGAAAAAAGGUUAACCGUGGCUCCACCAGCAAAAAGAGAUUGUCAGCAGCCUGCUGCCUCCGUACCGCCACAGUGCUCACAACUAGCCGGGAGGCAAGACUGCCCGACUGUCAGUCCUGACCCAGCUCUCCCUGACGAGCAGCCACAUUCCAGCUCCCAGUGCGCCCCUCUCCACUGUCUCUCCAAGCCUCCUCACCCCUAGUCUCCAUCUCCCGUGCACGAACCUCUGGGGUGAACGUUUUGUAGCCACACACAGGAUACUGCCCAAGAUCCAACUGGUGUUUUCUUCUCAGUUGUUAGAGGUGUGAUGGCAGCAAUGCCCGUCACUUUGGAAGAUGAAAGAAAGUUAAGAAGAAUAACACAAAGCACAGACUCCGACGUGAUAAAACGUUUUGUGGGUUCUCUAACUCACAGAUAAACUUCUUCGAUGAAAUGGCUACAGUUCAGUUGAAUAAUAAACAAAAUGAAACUGGACACAUGUAUCUCAGAUGACUGGCUUUAUCUCAAUAACACAGAGAGACCUGAGACCGUGUAAAAUACAUGUAUUGUACAACCAUCUUUCCUCACCUGUCACAUUCGGCGAUAGAAGUUGAUUCCAGUAUUUUCCAUCGUUGAUAUUUAUUUUGUACUUUAUUUGCCACAUGAGUUAUGUUUAUAGAAAUAAUUUCUGAGAGAGGUUAAACUUAAUUCAUUUAUUUUUAAAUAAACAUAAUUUGCUCUGUUCAGUUUUAUUAUAGUUUGAAAUCUAGAAUUGGCCAGACUGCGGUCAUUUUUCUUGCACAAAAUAAUAAAUGAGGUGCAUUGGAAUGUUACCAAUAACUGUAUUUUGCUGCUACACUGAUAUUGUUUAUGCACUUACCUUUCUAAUCAGUAGCUAAUUAAGUGCUGGAUUUUUUUUUAAACUAGAAUUCUUCACUGGACAUUAUUGAGUAAAUCUAAGAAAGAGACUAUGUUAUGAUUCAUUGACUUAUUCAACUUUGAUGGCAUCUUUAAUUUUUUAAAACAAAUUGCAGGCAGGUAGAUGUACUGGUGCUGCUCCUGUGUGUGUGUGUGUGUGUGUGUGUGUGUGUGUGUGUGUGAGAUGAUGUUAAAGGAGGCUAAAUAACAUGAAGGGAAAACAUGGUGUGUUUAUUUAAUGACCAGAAUUUUUUUUUUUUACUCCUCCCAAAUUCAGGGUCCUAUUAUAAGUCUUCCCUGCUAAAAGGUAUCAAGUACAAAUGGGAAAAUAUAUCCAUAGAUAGAUGUAAGUUAGCCUUUGGUUAAUGAAUUUACCUAGAAAGUGUUCAACUUUUGAUUAAAAUUGUGUGUUUUGUUGUUGUUAGUUUUUUUCAUAAUGAAUCUUCCUUGCCAAAAAAACAAUAGGUAAUAAACCUUAGCUCAUUGUCUACUUUUGACAAACACUCAGGUGCCUACAAUCAUAUUAUACAUCUUGAAAUAACAUGUGUUCCUAGCUCAUCCACAAAUCCUGCUGGAUAACUCUCAUGGCUUGGUUUAAGGCAGUCUGUUUUCAUAGCAAAAUUUACUUUGCACAUAAUCUGACAAACAAGGAAAACAGCUAAUUGAGCUGAAAGGUCUAACACUCCUGGGCUCCUUAACGACCAAGAACUGCCCACACAAUUGCUCCUAGCCCUGAUUCCUUGUCUAGUCAGGUAGCCUUAACUUAUUUAAAAUCAUAACGGUUUGACCUUUUCAUGUAACAAUAUCUGUAACUUCUCUUUAAAACAAAAAUGAUCCUCACUGUUAACACAAAAGAUAGUUUACUAUACAGGGCUCUCACCAGGUUUGAGCCAUGCAGUAAGGGCCACUCAGCUCAUGGAGUGGCAGUGGGUGGGACGUAAGGGAAUGGUGCAUCACAGAGGGCGGCCAGGGGCUCAGUCAUAACGUUCAGGAGCUUUAUCAGUCACAUACCUGUUAAGUACUGGUCACUAUUACCAAAGCAACCAAGAGGUUUUUAGUUUCUUAUAUGAGUGCUAUUUUCAACAGUGUCAUUUAUUAUGCAACUUGAAGUAGAAAUCUUUACCAUAAGUAGGUAUCCAGGUUUGAGAAAAAGAAAUCUUCAUAAAGUCUUGGUCAUGACAGCCUAAUCUCCCAUUCUUUCCCACCUGCAUGUCCUUGCUGUUCCUAAACACUUGCUUCAUUUCAUUGGUGUUGUAUCUGCCCUAUACCAGUGUUAGCAAGGCAGUGUGGAUUAUAGUAGAGUUCAAUGAAAGGAUGCUACCCCAUACCCCUGCUCUUUCUUUUUUCUUUUUGUUAUUUCUUUUCCAAGCAUCGUGUUUGGGCCUGAGAAGUGGUAUAGCUGCAAAGUUGACUUUUAAUAAAAACUGUUUGUGCCUGAGGGAAAAUACGCCAUUUUUAAAGUACCUCAGAACAUCUUCCUAUGUUGCCUCAUCAGUUUUGUUGGUGGUGCAGGGAUUUAGCAGUAAGGAUCGCCUCUGAGUAACUACAGAGCAGUAGCUCUACUGGACAGCGCAGCAUUGCAUUUUUGCUCCUUCCCUCUAGUUAUGACCCCGUGAAGGGUUGAGUCACAGGCAACACAUUAGUUUCUUCCAAUGUAAAGUUUAUCAAGUCUACUGUAUACCAAUUUUACUUCGGUUCCUUUAUAUUAACAGAGUGGGAAGUGUUUGUUUGAAAAUAUCAAUUCUAUAAAAAAUGUUCAUUUUAGCAAAACUUUGCCAAGAAGGUGUAGAAAUUAGGAAAUAAAUCUAUAAUUUUCAGCACAAAAUUAGGAAAUAGUCCCUAGGCAGUAAGAGAGAAUUCUAUGUAUUUAAACUGUGACAUCAUUUAGCAUAGUUUAAACUGAGCCUUAUCCAUGUUUAUUUAUAGGCAUUUAAAAUGAAUAAAUAUAUAUGGCACUGAUGAAAAAAAAAUCAGUAACCGUAAAGAACAUGAGGAUUCAAAAGGAAAUUGAAAAGUUGAAGAACUGGUGAAAAUUAAAAAGAGCAAACUGCAGUGAGACUGGUUGGAGAGAGAUGUGAGGGGAAAGACUACAGAAAUACAAAAACACUGGCUAAUUAAUUCAGACACUGGGAGGGAGGUAACUGGCAAGCUCGGUUAGUGGAGUGACCAGGUAAUUUUUUUAAACGUAAGCACAAUUACCAUACUGAAAAGGACAGCAUGCAGAAAUGCUUUCCUACUGAGGAUUUUUCUCUGUUAAAAGAUAAAAUUAGAAGAGCAAUACAUUGUCUUUGGCCUGAGUGCACAGCAUACAGGACCCUCAGAUUAAUCUAAUCAGUUCAUGAAUCAUCAGGUCCCUUUCAUCCAAUUCUGUUUCAAUGAGACGAAUUUGGAUAACUUUGAGAAACCAAAGUUAUUAAGAAAAGGCCUAUUCAGAAAGAUUAUCCUUUAGCCCAAGGAGGAAGAGGUACACUAUUGAUCUUCAAGAAAAUGUAGCCAAUGAUAGAUAUCAGCUAUAGAUAUCAUUAUUAAAACUAGACUAAGAAAAAUAAAGCCUUCAGUGUAAAGGAUUUAUAUUAACUGUAGGAAAGAGAUUCUUGACAGAGGGAAAUUAAUGAUCAAAAUGAAUCAUCAUAAUGACUUUUUUAAAUUAAAUACUGGUUGUCCAGUAACUUAAGUGGCAAUAUAUCUUAAUAUAAUUCUAGGAUGUCAUAAUCCUAUGAUUCUUUUUAUUUCAGAUUUUAAAAUAAGUUAUUCUGUUCAGUCAUAAAAUAUUUUAUUCCUUGAAAGUAGGAUAGCAAUCUUAAUUUUUCCAACAUAUUUGGCAAAAAAACCCCUGGAUUGUUGGUAUUUUUCCUUGCAGCUAUAUUACAUAUCUUUAAAGUUGUCCAGAAUGUAGUAAUUUUACUAUAAAAAGCCUCAAUUUUCAGAGUCUAAAAAAAGAAAAAUACAUGUCCUCAGGAAUACUGUAGAAAUAGGUUUGCAAUCCUUUAGGGAGUAAAUGCCUCUCAAACUUGAUCUUUUCUUAAAGGAAUCUCCAAUUCACAAUAUUUGCUUUCCCAUGCUUUAGGAAACAUUUGUGUGCAGACAGUCCUUCUGUUUCAAACAAGCAGUAAAUGUUGGUCAAAUAAUCCCCAUAUUGAACAUUUCCUGAUAUUCUGCAUUAAGUAAAAUCCUCUACAGCACUCAAGUGGUAAUUACAAAAUAAGAAAAUGAGAAAGUAAAAUAUAUUUUCUACUGUGAUAAGAAGGGCAAGUUUGCUGUAUAAUUGUUACAUUCAAUCAGCCAAAAGACAGUCUAUCUCAGAAAGACACAUGAGGGGAAGCCGAUGGGUUUGCAGCAAGCAGCCCUGCUGGUUGCACCCCAAGGUGCCACAAGUGCAGUGAUACUGUAGCUGUAAAGUAGGACCAGGUUCAAAGGAACUCUUAGGAUCGAGUUCACAAUUUUAAAGAUUGUCCUACAACUUUUCUGUUGAUAAGCCAGAGUGGUUUUAAAAUAGUCCUUGUAUUUAAGAUUGCAAAUUUACAAGAAUAUGUUUCUAAGUAAAGGGAACAUAAUUCUUCAAAAAGCUGUUGAACCGGAGUUGUGACAGUUCAUAUGAUCAGUGCUGAUACUGACAUAAUUUUUACCUUAGAAUUAAUUCCUGUGGACAUACACGACCAGCCUAGCUCCUGAGCGACCUUUUCCAUUGUGUGUAAGGAUGCCCCCAGAUGAGCUGUCUGUAACUGGAUUCAUCUUUUUUUAAAUGCCACUGGCCAACUGCCAUUGCCCCUGAUGUAUUUCAUUGGUAGCCUGAUUCCCUUAUUUAACAUCUGAAAGAUUUCUUUUAGACAUUGUUUCCAUUCUUUUUAUUCAAAGUAUAAUUGAAAAAUAUAUUUAGUAUUAAAAUUAUGUUCCUCUAGCAAGGAUUUUCCAGAAAUCUACUUACAAAAAAAAGAGCAGCAAUUAACUGCCUUUAGUGUAAGGGUGCGAGUGCAUAAAAGUAUGCUGUGUAAAAUGUUUGCAUGAGAUACUUCGCAUCAUGUAAGCUUUCCCAUAUUCAUGAUAUAAACAGUGUAGAGAUCUUAUUUCUUGUGAUUUCUCCAUUAGGAAUGUAAAGAGAUUGUUCCCUAUAUCUGGUCUCCUUUCCAUAUUGAAAUGCAUGGCUCUAAUCCUCAGUAUAUUUUUAUCCCUUUCCUCUGGAGUUAUUUAAAAUUUGUCCUGUUUAAACUGAAACCUAGAUAAACUACUGAGCCAGAUCAUUUCUGCAUUUGGUGUUUAAUUGCUAUACAACAUUGGUUGAGACCACAUUUUUAUUUUAACUUUUUUCCUUUCAGAAUUAUUCUCUGAUCAUUAUGGUUCUCUAAUGAAAACACUGAGGAGAAAAUCAGAUGCAUUCCAGUGUGACUUUUUUCUUUUUAUAAAGCCUUUUUAAAAUAAGGGUUGGAGAACUAUAAAGAAAAAUGUCAUCAUUUUGCUAACAAGUCAUUAUUUGGUGAUAGUGGAGGUAGAGAAUGAAUCAUUUUGUUUGGGUUCAUAGCAUGAUUGUGCACCAAAGCAUAGAGGAAGUAAAUGAUUUUUAAUAUUAUUGUCACAAAAUUAUUAAACUGGACAGUUUGACUGUUAGUCAAUUAAACAAUUCUUUGAAAAUCUUGUCAUGACAUUUUUAUGAUCUACUCAGUGUUUUAUUUGCAUAGUUAUACAUAUGUGAGAAACCAUAGGUGAUUCUGAUAUUGUAUUUCUUUCCAGGAUUAACAUUUGUGUAAUUUGUACAUCAUAUUUGUACAUGAUAUGUACAAAUUUGUACAUCAUAUGAUUACUGUAAUUUUACUGGUAUUUCCACCUUAAAUUGCAAUUCUGUUAUCAUGCCUCCGGGUUCAAUGGUGUGAAGCAUUUCCACAUAAUGCCAAUAUUGUAUGAAAACAACUGGAAGACUGACCUAAGAAACUCUUUUGUUGCUAAUUAUUUUUAAAAAUCCAAAUUUCAAAGGGAAAUUGUUCUCAAAGACAUAUGCAUUUAUUUUAAAUUCAAAACAUUCUUCUGAAUUUAUUAUUGCUUGUCCUUUUUCAUUUUUUUUAUUGUAGACAAUCCUAAGUGAAUGUCUCAUGGGAGAAUCCAUGUAUGUGCUUGCAUUUCUGUAACCUGAUCAUGCACUCAGCGGUUGGAAAAGGUCUCCAGUGCUAAGAAAAUAACCGAAGCCAAUAUAUUAAUUCUUAUAUCUUGGUUUAUGUUGCCAACUGGAUAUGAUGUAAUGCAUAACUGUUCCCAGUAAAUAAACUGGUUAUCUUUUGUUCAUUUCA